AUGGCCGAAGCUGUGUUUCCGAGAGGAGUGGACCAUGAAGCUUGUAGUUUAUCCACCAAGAUUCAAGUCGAUGAAACACCUUCUUCGCCCACAACGAGCUGCAAUCUAAAGCGAAAGACACAAAAGGGCGAAGACAAGGAUGAAGACGAUGCACGCAACUCCAAGAAGCAGCGCACUCUUCAUCACAAUGACGCGUUGCCUUUGAGCCCUUUUCGCCUUGCAUCGAUUCGCACGCCUGAGCCUUCGUCCAUCAACGGCAUUCUCCGACAACACUGCCGAAAACGCCUCUACGUGACGCCAUUGCAUUGGAAACUAGAGCAUCUAGACCUGUUGGGCUGUCGAUUUCGUGCUAGGAGUGAUAAAAAAGACAAGACGAAAAAGCCAGAAAUCGACGGCCAUGUUCAAGAAACACAAAAUCUCCCAGGACAGCCUGAAGCCCAAGUUGCAGAGAAUACCGCAAAACUACCCCCCUCUUCCAUCAUUCGAGAAGCCGCGAGCAAGCUUUCAGGCUCAAGCUACCCUGCUUACUUUACACUGGACUCAGUCCAAGCCAAUGCGGUUCGGCGCCUUCUCGGAGGCUGUGGCAUGGCGGCUGAUGCCUGGCAAGUUCCCAUCAUUUACUUCCGUUUUAACAAGCGCCCUGUUGCCGCCCUCCGCACCGACGGAAUUUUCAUCCGCACUUCAUCUCUUAUCGACAGUCCCUCGCUCGCGUUUCUCAAUCUUCGUAGCCUGGGCAUACGACGCGACAAGUCGAUUAGGCCUAAGCAUGUGAAGGCGACGAACCCCCCAGGAUAUAUCAUUCGAGAGAAGAAGCAGAGCAAAAUUCGACCAGUUAACGAACUUGAAGAUCCAUACAUAGCAGCUACUCUAAUAGCCUUGGCUCAAGAGCAGCGAAUUGUGCACAAUGGAGCUGUGGCAACAAAAGACGAAACACCAGAAACGAGCCCGGAUCUCCUCCUCGUUUCUCGAUCGCCUAGACAAUCCGUCGCUGGAUAUCCCAUGUCGUCCAUUUCGCAUCAAGUAUCAUCGGAUUCCGCUCUCAUCAACCAAGGCGAUGACAAGGGUUCUGAAGUUUGCAGUCUCUGUAAUACAUGGCGGCAAUUACGUCUUCUAAUUGCGCCUUCUUCACCCACACCAACGUCGCUGUUUGUCCUCAUUGGCAAACGCAUAUGGUUGCUGCAGUGA